GUUAUGUUUGGGAUAUUAUUGUAUUGGUUCAAUUAAAAUUUUGUAAAUAGAAGAGUAGUGUUUACGUUCCAGUUUUCAUUUGAUACCUACAAUGAAUGCUGUUAUUUACGGUUUUACUGUAUCCGUACUCAUAAUUGCAAUCGCUGCCAAUGAAUUAACAUGUAGAAACGGAAACCAGGACUGCCACAGAAUUAUAAACAAGCAAGCUAUAAGCGCUACAAAGGAUGCCGCGUCAUCUUUCCUCUCCCCCGGGAUUAGUCCAGACACACCGCGCAAUAAAGGGAAUUAUGAUCUAUCGCAAAGUGAAAGGACUCUACAUACCUCAAAAACAAGCUCCCACAGGAAAACGGAACGGCGAGAAAGUGCCUCUCACGACGCAACGUCCAGAUUUCCCGAUAUCAAAACAUACAGACAUAAAAGAGAUAUAGGAUCUGGAAACGUCGUAAUUACACAACACUUCAACGAUAAAUUUAUUACUCCAGGAGAAGAUAUUAGUCUACAAUGUACUGCAACAGCAGAUAGACCUCCAAGAUUCAUAUGGGAGAGAGAUGGUGUUGGUAUAUCUUUAAAUACUGAUUCUAGAUAUACGGUGGGCCAGGUUAUGUCGCCAUCAGGUAUGGAGGUUGUCUCGCAUUUAAACAUAUCAAGAACAAGGGUAAAUGAUGGAGGGCUUUACUCUUGUAUAGCUAUAGAAGGGGAUAGUAGUUCUACCCAUGAAGCGAGGGUUGAUAUUUAUGGUCCACCUUAUAUAAGAAAUUUGCCGCCAAUUAAAGUGCAGAGUGGAGAACCGCUUCGUCUCAGAUGCCCGUACUAUGGAUACCCAAUUAGUAAACUUGAAUGGGAGCACAGAGGCAAGAAAAUUAUCAGCACCUCGUUUCCACAGCAUACAAGAUAUAAGAGAACGUAUUACACAAACACAAGAAAACGCAGAAAAAGACAAAUCUUUGAGCAGAGUGAAGACGGUGUUUUGAAUAUACCUAAAGUAGUUAAGGAAGAAAACGGUGAUAUUUAUACUUGUAUAGUCUACAGUCCUUCAGGAGAAUUAGCGAGACGAGCAUUUGGUAUCCAAGUAGUGGAGGCACCGGAGUUGGAUGAACUACGGGUUGGUUCAGGACUGAAGGAGGGACAAAUUGUUCAAAUAACUUGUAAUAUUAUCAGUGGCGACCCACCCAUUUAUUUUUCGUGGCUCAAAGAUGGUAUGAAAAUUCCCGCUAGUCUGAAGAUUACAGAAAGAAGCGCGGAACUUUUCAGUGUACUAAUUAUAAAGCGUGUGUCUUUGGAACACUGUGGCAAAUAUACUUGUAUUGCAACCAAUCAUGUUGGAAAGGUCAACAAAACCACAGACCUAUAUAUAAAUGUUGCUCCUAAAUGGAUGGAGGAGCCGUCAAACACAUCAUUGUUAUUGGGGCAGCGCGGCGUAGUUUUCUGCAAUGCUAAUGGGUACCCCAUACCACAGAUACACUGGAUGAAGCGAGAUGCAACUCUUGGAAUUUGGCGUCCUGUCCUUGAUCUGGCUGGUGGUGGAGUCAUGAGCUAUCCUAACGGCACUCUCAUCAUCGAAGUGGUGUCAUUGUCUGAUGAAGGAGUAUACGCUUGCAAUGUCGAAAAUGGUGUUGGUGAUGCGUUGAAUAAAAAUUUGUGGAUCAGCGUUAAUAAGCCAGUGCAUUUCGAGUCCGUAGGAUCGAACCUGACGACAAAAAUCGGGCUGCCAGUCACGAUAACUUGUAGACCAUUAGGAGACAACCCAAUAAGGGUCAAAUGGAGUUUGGAUGGAAAAGCAAUAGACUUUACAUCAUCAAGAUUAACAAUUUCUGAAACUAUCACACACAACGGUGUAAAGAGCGUGAUAAAUAUAAACUACGUGGAAGGUCGAGAUGGUGGUACAUACGAGUGUAGAGCAAGCAAUCCCUAUGGAGUUGCAGCUUACAAUGUUCAUCUUACUAUUCUUGAGCCUCCAACUCCACCGUUAGAUCUGCAAGUGGACUCUGUAACAAGCAAUUCAGCUAAACUGUCAUGGCGAGACACCAUUAGCACUCACGUGCAGUACUAUACUGUACAGUACACAACUACAGAUUUCGUUAUGUGGGACACUGCGAAAAAUAUCAACAUUACCAGACAAGACAAUGAUGCACGUCAGAGUAUUGAACUUAGGGACCUGCAACCGGCGACCAACUAUAGAGUUCGCGUGUCAUCGGGAAAUCAAGUAGACUUGAGUCCAUACACCCAGCCUAUACAUUUUACAACUCAACAGGAAGCACCGUCAUCAACCCCUUUAGGAGUACAAGUGCAGUCUACAGAAAAUCCCGGGGAACUCAUUAUAGCGUGGCUUCCACCUCCACGGGAAAGCCAUAAUGGGCCUCUCCAGGGUUACCAUAUUAAGGCUAUUCCCAGGAUUAGCGGAGAAUCGGGACCAAACGACACACAAACUAAAAUGGUGAAAGUGAUAUCGAGAAAAGGAAAACAGGAGACAACUCUUGGUGGACUACUUAAGAACACGAGAUACGCGGUCUCAGUGAGUGCCUUCAAUUCAGCGGGGAAUGGACCUUUUUCCUUACCUGUUUAUCAGACCACUAGAGAAGGGGCACCAGAACAAUCGCCAUCAGGAGUGGAAUGCCGUGGAGUAUCCUCUUCAUCAUUGCGUAUAUCUUGGCAACCAAUCACAUCACAUGGAGCCUCUUUACUUGGUUACACUGUCUACUACAGCACAGAAGAUGGUACUUGGCAGAAUGUGACGUCACCACAUACAGAAUUAUAUAUACAAGCCUUAUCGAAAUACACGAAUUACUCUGUGAAAGUAGCUGGAUUUUCUAAUUAUGGACUUGGACCGUUUUGUUACCCCAUUAUUUGUACUACGUUACAGGAUGUACCAGGUCCUCCAUCGCCAAUAAAGGUAUUAGUUUCAUCCCCUACGUCUCUACUAAUCAGUUGGAAGAGACCGGAACAACCUAAUGGAGAAAUCACGCACUAUACUGUAUACGUCAAACCAGUUUCUAGCACUAGUCCUCCACAAAGCUACCGAGUGGAACCGUCUCAAGAAACAUCCCGUCAGCUGACCUUUCCGCUACCAGGGUUGUCGACUGCCAGGCAAUAUGAAGUGUUUGUGAGAGCUCAUACCACCGCCGGUGAAGGAAUGCCAAGCAAUAGGGUACACGCUUCACUAUCUUCUAAAGUUGUUCCCGGAGUGGCUUCAUUAGGUGGACCCAUAUCAGUGGGAGUAGGAAAUUCAUUGCUGCUGGCAUGCCAAUGUGUGGGGACACCACCACCGAGAACCGUGUGGUACCAUAAACACAACAUCAUCACCCACCAUCCUAGAUUCACCAGAAAUCAUGAUGAUAGUCUUCUUAUUAACAAUAUAGACCAAUCGCUUAGCGGUAACUAUACCUGCUUGGCUAAGAACUUGUACGGUUCAGAUUCAGUGACAUAUGAAGUAUCAGUGCUGCCCACCCCUGAGCCACCUAUCAUGAGGGUGACACCUCAUAAAAAUGCUUUGAAUUUGCAAUGGGAACUUCCACGGAGGAUUGGAAAAUCACAAAAAAUAAGCUACAACUUAACAUGGAAGGAAGGCAACGGUUCUUGGCAAGAUGCUUGGUCAAACAAGGUUACGUCACUCCAAAGCUUGCAGGAGUAUACUCUACAAGGCCUGAAAUGUGGUACCAAGUAUUCACUGAGGAUGACAGCAGCUAACAGUGUUGGAUCCUCACAGCCGACUUACGUUGACGCUACAACCUUGGGCGGAGUGCCCAUUUCGCCAACCAGUACAGAAUGGUUUUGGAGUAAUGCAAGCCAUGUGUACAUACAACUGAGUGGCUGGGACGACAAUGGCUGUGAAAUAACUAAAUUUGAGGUAGAUUAUAGAGAAUAUGGUAGCAAGGUGUGGCGGAAAGCAGACAACAGAAUCCCUCAAUUGGAACAACAGUGGAAUCACUAUGUUGGUUCCUCAAUACUAAAUCAACCAAAUUCAUUCGUGAUAGCGGACCUGACGGCAGCCCAAUGGUAUCAGAUUAGGAUCACCGCUGAGAAUUCCGCUGGAAUAUCCAUUUCUAUAUAUAAUUAUGCCACUACUACAUUACAAGGAGAAUCGAUUGGCCCCCCAUCUGAGUACUUCGACAUAAACAUGUUAGUAAUUAUUUGCAGUUCCAUUCUACUGAUGAUUUGCUCACUUACAUGCGUUUAUAUACUAGUCAAGAGACAUAGUCACCAUCAACUUACAGAGUAUCGUAACUCGUUAACAGCAGAUUGCAAGUCGGAACAUGUUAAUACGACCACCACACCUCAGCCUCCGGCAGAUGUCAACAACCGUGUUUAUAGCACGCCGGUGCAUCUUAAUGCAGACAGCAAGCAUGAGCUCUACGAAAUUAGUCCUUAUGCUCAAUUCGCAAUAGGCUUUCGUACUUUUGGACACGUUGACAAUCAAGAGGUUCCUAGCAGAAUACAUAUGCCCGGAAACAGCAAAUCUAGAUACGAUAGCGAAACAAGUUUCCAAAUGAGAUCGGAGUCAGAAGAAAGCGACUGCGUUUCGAGAACUACAACAUUGAAAAGUGUGCCCAGAAAAGCCUGCAGAGUCCCUCACCACAGGUAGCUGAGAAGUGAAACCCGAUCUAGUUUUAAUUAAUACAUCUACUGAUUUAGUUAUAUAAUUUAGAUAUCAAUACAGAAUUUAUACAAGUAAUUUAUACAAUAACCAAGUAAUUAUAUAAUAAAUUAUCUUACAAAUAUGCAAUAUUUAAUUUCAUAGCAUUUAUCCUCAAUUUAAAGUAUUGUAUUUUAAUUAUUAUUAUUGUAAGGUAUUUAUUUAAAUGAUUACAUGUAGUCAGAAUUAUAUCACUAACUUAAAUUAUUUAAAUUUUGUAUAAAAUUGACUAAAACUAAUUAGUAUUGUUGCUCAUUAUUCAAUAGUAAAACUUUUUUACAGCCUAGCAAUUAAAUUAACAUUAAUCUUAGGCUUGGUGUUCAUUAUUUUAUUAUCAAAUGUUUAAGACAGUUUCUAGACGCAUUGCUUUGUUUCAUAUUGAUUUGCUAGGUAAUUUAGAAAUGUUAGUUAUGAUGCUACUUUAGCUCUUUAUCUGUU